UAUCCGGUUAUCUCCACCGUUUACUUCGCAGUAUUUUAUGAACGCGUAUAUAUUUUAAAAAUUCGCACAAAUUAAUGAUGAAUUUAUUAAAUUCGUAAAUUUUUUAUCGAUUAAAAGUGAAUAACCUAAUUUAUUCGAAAAAAAAAUGACAUAUAAUAUUUACAUUCAAUGUAAAUCAUAGAAUAAAUAAGUUUAAUUUAGUGAUCGAAUUUUAUUUAAUUUGAAAGAAGAAUAUUAAUUUUUUAAUAUUUUAUUAAUGCAAAAUAUAUUACAAUGUUUUUAAAGAUUACAAAAGUUAUUAAAAAUUAUAUUAUUAUUUGAAACAAUCAUAAUGAUAUAUUUAUAUUUUCAAGUUUGUAUAAUUAUUAUAAUAUCUUUUGCAUUUCUUUUGAAAUUUAAGAAGUUAAUAAAUAUGAAAAUUCUUAAAUUAUUUUUAUAUUUGUAUACCGUCAUAUAAUUAUUUAUGUUACAUAAAAAUUAUAAUAGUAAUAAAAAAUUUUUGGUUAAUAAACAUAAUAAUAUUAGGGCAAGAAAGAUAGAUAAUAAAAAUUGCACUGAAUAUAAAAAGUCAAUGAACUAUUGAUUUAUAACAAGAUCAAUUCUAUUAUAAAUGGCGAUCACUGCUGUCACGAGCUGCUUGGGUCCUCCGCCCUUACCACCUGGCAAACGAUUUCUUCAAAAAUCUUCGAAAAAAUUAUCUUCGACUUAUAGAAGCUUUCGUGAUCCAGCAGUCGAAUCCUGGAUUCCAAGUGGUGUUUUCGAAAUGUCGAAGACGAAACUUUAUCCGCGGGAACAUAAUCCGAUGAUUUGCACAAUAAGCAAUGGGACUUUAUUUAGAAGUUGUUCUGAAGGUAAUCUAAAUACUCACAAAACGAGUACAGUAUUAUCUGCUACUCCCCUUGAUAAGUGCAUCCAGGCGAUUUAUGGCAGUUGGAAGAAUCUCAUGCAUCUUGGCGGCAUGAAUCGGCCGUCCAAAGCUGUGACCCAAGCGAAGAAAGUAGCACCACCAGCUGUACCCGAUGUAUUUCGACAUUCUGGCUCUUCCUUUGGUUCUGCUGGAUACGCAAGCAGUGAAGAUAGUUGUUUCCUGCCCGGAAGUGGACCAUGCGGAACAACUGACGAAGGUUCUUACGGUGUGCCAUCUGGGAAAAGUCCGGGACCUAUUUUUACCCAUCCUGGGUUUGCCUUUCCACCAGUUGUUGGCAAAUAUGCCCAUGCCGAGGAUCAAGGAAUCGAUAUGACUCAAAGUCCUGGAAGAGAUAGUCCAGGUAGUUCAGGAUCAGGUUCAGGUUCUAGGCAUUCUACUGCUUCAUUAGAUUCUGGAAGAGCUUCUGGAUAUCAUUUAGGUCCUAGAGGACCUGGUGCUCUUGCUUCAUCUCCCAGAUGUUCUAUAAGUUCACUUGGUAGUCAUCCCGAUAGACCAGCGGAUCUUGACGUUGUACAUGCUUGGUUGACUGAACUCCAAUUCGAGGAAUACUUUCCUUUGUUUGCUUCCGCUGGUUAUGAUUUAGCUACUAUUACACGUAUGACGCCAGAAGAUUUGACAGCAAUAGGAAUUAAGAAACCUAAUCAUCGAAAACGCUUGAAAGCGGAAAUAGAUAAUUUAAAUAUAGGAGAUGGUUUACCAGAGCAUAUUCCUGGUUCAUUAGAAGAAUGGCUUAGACUUCUACGACUCGAAGAAUAUCUUGGAGCUCUUCAUCAACAGGGUAUGCGUUCAGUUGAAGAUGUAACAACUCUCACUUGGGAAGAUCUCGAAGAUAUUGGUAUUGUGCGUCUCGGCCAUCAAAAAAAAUUAUUAUUGGCAAUUAAAAGAGUUAAAGAUAUUCGCGCUGGUAAACGUAUACAGCCUCUUGAUCUUGCACGAUUACCACCACAUCCUGGACAAACACAGGAUGUAGUUAUUCAACGAGGAGGUCCUGACUUGCCAUCUCCUGAUGAGGAUUGUUCCUCACCUGUUUUGAGAUCUUUCCAGAGAGGAGGAAGUGAUACGACAUCUGGAGCUACAUGGAGAAAAAGUUUAGAGGAUGCACCUCUUGGAUAUCCUCCAUCACCAGCACCUUCUGCACAUCCACAACCAAUUGAAUGGCGUCCACGUAGUUUUGAAGAUGGCGAUCUAACUCCUACAAAUGAUACUUCUGUAGUGGAUGCAGGUGGAGGAACUCUUCCACGACCAAGACAUUGUCUUGUUCGUCCACGACCAGUAGCAAAGGUCACUGCAACUCCAGGACAAUUUAAGUCAUUACCAAGAGAUUUCGAUAACAAAUAUCAAUUGACUUAUGGACUUGAAAGUAGUCCACAUCUUCCAAAACGUUGUCCUCCAUCUCCUCCAAGACGUCAAAGUUCCAGAGAUAAUGCUUCUGGUGUAGGUGUUGGAGGAUCAGGAAUUGGCGAUGUUGUGAUAGAUUGCAGCGGACCAGUUCCAACUGCUUCUUGCGAGGAACAUCAUAUACAUCAUCAUCAACAUCAUCAUUUAAUUCAUCAUCCUUCUCCUCCACCACCCGCACCCGCACCAGUGCCAUCAACUCCGCCACAGAUAAAUCGACCACCUUCUUCUAUGUCUCGUUCUUGGGGUAGCGUCAGCGUCAAUGUUAAUGAAGAACAUGAAUUAAUAGCUUCUCUUGCAUUGCAGCAUCGUAAUGGUUCUGAUGCCAGUUUUAAGUCGAGUUCCAGUACAGAAUCAGAUUCAUUACCAUUUGCAAAUGAGAAUGCUGGAACGAUAAAACAAAGAGCAGCACGCGCACAAGAAUAUACAAGUGGUAAUACUGGCAAUAAUUUGCAAAGUCAUGGAAUAAGCCAUCAUACUGGCAGUGAACCAGCUGAUGUUUUGAAUGACAUUGGGAAUAUGCUUGCAAAUCUUACUGAUGAACUUGAUGCUAUGCUUGAAGAAGAAAAGCGUCAAGGCUUAAAUUCAUAAUUACUAUCUUCAUUUGUAUCCUUUCUUUCUUUUUUUCUCUAUUUUUUUGUUUUGAUUAAUUAGUGCUAUCAUAAAGAACGCAAUUUCUAAUAACAAAAAUCGAUAUGAAAAUAUAGAUUUUUCACGCUAUGACAUAUAAUAUUGUAGAUCAUGAGCGCAUACAAUUCGCAAGAUUAAAUAAAUAAAUGUCACAUAUGAACUCAGAUUAGUUUGAAAUUUUGCAUUUUAAGAUGAUAAAAUAUUUGACAUUGAAUGAAUGUUAAACUACAUUUUAUUGUAUUAGUUUACAAUAUAAGUUAUAUUACACAAAUAAUAAUUCCUGUUAUAAUU